GGAGCGGGGUCCCCGCCGCGGCCGUGAGGGCGCCGCGGGGUGCCCGAGGAUGGCUGAGACAGCCCCUCUCUUGUCCGUGGCCCGGAUUAAUCCCCGUAGCGGGGCGGGCACGGUCCGGCAGCCAAAUCCCGGUCAGCUGAGGAGCUCAGGCGGGGUCGGGGAGGUGGCGAGCGGAGCUGAGCUCCGGACGGCAGGAGGGAGGGAUGGCGCCCAGGCACACGGAAAUCUAAUUCAGCCCAUGCUCAGAAUGGAGCACCAGCCCCUGCUCAGAGGGUCUAGCUCGCCCUGCAAGCUCCCCAGCUGGACGUUGUUGUUGGCUGUUUGUGCUGUUGGAAUUGGAGGGACCUUUCAGUAUGGGUACAAUGUCUCUAUUAUCAAUGCACCCACCCAGCAUAUACACAAGUUCUUAAAUGAAACCUGGAGCAGUCGUUAUCAGAAGGAACUCAGUCCAGAUUUGCUGACUUUUCUUUGGUCUGUCAUUGCUUCUAUCUUUUCCCUGGGGGGCCUCUGUGGAGCCCUGAUUGGAGGCAGCAUGGCCAUCCGGCUGGGCAGGAAAGGAGCUCUUUUGAUGAAUAAUGUUAUAGCAAUACUAGCCUCCAUUUUAAUGGGGAUCAGUUUUCCUACAGGAUUGUUUGAGUUACUGAUUGCUGGAAGGUUUUUGAUUGGCAUAAAUUCAGGUAUUGGGCUUUGUGUGCAGCCUCUUUAUAUUGGGGAGUUUGCCCCAAAACACCUAAGAGGUGGCUUGGCCAUGGGGACUUCCAUCUUUCUGACUGGGGGAAUUCUGACUGGACAAAUAAUCGGUUUGAGAGAAUUAUUAGGUGGAGAAAAGCAUUGGCCUCUGUUGCUAUCCAGCAGCUGCAUCCCAGCAUUAGCCCAACUUUUAUUCCUUCCAUGGUUUCCUGAAAGUCCCAGAUAUCUUCUUAUUGACAGAGGAGAUGAGCUGAGCUGUGCCAAAGCUUUGAAAAGAUUUCAUGGUUCCUCAGAGUAUCGAAGGGAGAUGGAAGACAUCCAGCGGGAGUGUUUUGCCUUGGAUGGGGAGAAACCCAAGAAACCCUGGCAAUUAUUCACUGACCGUGGUGUGAGAUGGCAGCUCAUCACUGUCAUUGUGAUGACAAUGGGCCAACAGCUCAGUGGCAUUAAUGCUAUUUAUUUCUACGCAACUUAUGUUUUUCAACAAGCUGGGAUCAUGGCAGAAAAAAUCCCCUAUGUGACACUUGGCACUGGAGUUUGUGAAUGUCUCACAGCCCUCUCCUGUGGUUUGCUGAUAGACUAUGUGGGAAGAAGAUGCCUUAUCAUUGGGGGUUAUCUCCUCAUGACACUCUGGUGCACUGUUCUGACCUUCUCUCUGACUUACCAGGAGCUGUACUCCUGGGUGCCCUACAUGAGCAUGACUUGUGUAUUUGCCUUCAUCUUGAGCUUUGGGCUGGGCCCAGGUGGCAUAACAAACACCCUGACAGCUGAGCUAUUUGUGCAAUCCUCACGUCCUGCUGCCUACAUGAUUGCAGGGACUGUGAGUUGGAUUAGUUUCUUCACAGUUGGAAUGCUCUUUCCCUUCAUAGUGAAUGGACUGAAGCAGUAUUGUUUUGUGGUGUUCUUACUGGAGUGCUUCUUUGUUGCUGCUUUCAUCUUCCUCAUAAUUCCUGAGACAAAAAACAAAUCUUUUCUGGAAAUCAAAAAGGAAUUUCACAAGCUUAAUUUUGGAAGAAAUGCCAGGAAAAAGGACACAGAACUUUUUGAAAGAAGACAACUUCAAGAUGAAUUUUUAAAGAUUUCUGCAUAAUUUCACAAAUGCAACAGAACUACAGUGAGAAUUAUGAACUUAUAGUUUUUAUAGUUUUCUAUAUAGUUACAGUUUUCUUAUAGUUAUUAUAGUUUUCUAAAUUAGGAGUGUAAUGCAUGAUCAAGUGGCUUAUUAAAUCUUCCUGUGUAUUUAGAGGAAGUAUAACUAAAGGCAAGUUCAGUAUCUCUGAAAUACUAUUAACAACAUAUUGUAUUAUCCACAGAAAACUUGAUGUUUAGUUGUAUAACCUGGUGCUGUAGGGAUGCAGAAAUGCCAGGGAGGAUGUUUAGUGAGCCCCUCUGGCAGAUUUCUGCAGAUAUUUCACUCUUCUUGCAUUUCAAAGCUCUUCUUCAGUUUGGAUUGUCGGGCACAUCCAAAUGCUUUGCUGAGUGAAACAUUCUGAGUUCUUGUUAAAAUCCACACAAGAACUGAGAACUGGUAUUUGAAUUGUUCCAGUUGAUGUAGAAAUAGGGGUAUUAGUUUCUGUUUUCCAAUUAUGUAGCUUUGAAAGCCUUAAAAAUAUUACUCAUCCAGUCCUAGUCCUGUACUGUACAACAAAAUACAGCACUUCUCUGAGUUACUGGUAUUUGUAAUAAAAACUUACAUCCUGAUAAAAGAGUUCCCGGGAUUUCAAUUUGGUUUAUUUUUUCCCCCUAACCUAGCAUCUUAACAUUUUAAACUAUGCAAGAGAGUAAAACUUCUAGUUUUGGAGGUUAGUUCCCAUCAGACUGAGAUCUACAUACCAAAAAGCAUGAAGUAGCAGAGAGGAUAGAUGACAGGAAUUAAAUACUUUUUACCUUUAAACUACAGGGAGUCUGUAGGACAUGCUGAAUGAGCCUUCUGCCCCCUCUCCAGUUUUUUCCUGGACUAUUUCUCAACUUAAAAUAAGUUCUUCACACAUUAGGAAGUAAGAAAUCUCACAUCUGGUGUUUGUGUGCCUCUCUGACAUGUUUUCAUACCUGCCACAGCCAGGACAGUGGCCCACCUUACCCAGUACAGCUUUUCCUGGCUGUAAGCAUUUCCAAAUGCCAUCUAUUAUACUGAAGUGCUGCAGCAAGCAGGGGAUUUUCUUUAU